UCUGCGGCCUCCCAGAAGAACUUUAAGCUCGCCAACAUCGCAGACGACUUCCGCUGCAGGGGACGGGCAGUAUCGUCAAGACCACAACAACCAGACGGCAGCCCGACAAAAGCCGAGACCCCCGUGUCCGUGCCGUGUGACUACUGCUCUCCAGGGGACACUAGCGAGGCGGGGAAAGGGGAACCUGGGGCUGGAGUGGUGGUAGAGGUAGCGGUCAAGACGUGUCUGAAAUGCGAGGUGUCCUGUAACGGCUUUCUUCCUGGGGAGCACGUGAAGCCUCACCUGGAGCUGCCUGCGUUUAGGGAGCACCCCAUGACUGAACCCCUGGGGGACCUGAGGAAGAGGAAGUGUCCCGAACACGAUGAGAUGUAUCGCUACUACUGCAUGGACGACCGGGUGUCUGUCUGCAACGCCUGUACCAUCGAGGGGGGCCACGCCGGACACACCAUCAAGACCCUGAAGAACACUAUGAAGGAUCUGAAGGGCUCUCUGGAGAACCAGCUACAGAAGGUGGACAGGAAGCUGAACAAAGCAGAGAAAAAUCUCCAGGAGCAGAAAGAACAAGAACGACUGAACAAGAGGUUCCUGGAGGACUCAGACCAGCGGGUCACAGCCUUGGGGGAGGUGUUACAGGUCCACCUGGAGGGCUUCCUCACCUCCCUCAGGGACUGUUCCUGCUCCCACGGGGUCGAGUGUGGCCCCAGCAUCCAGCGGAACAUAGCCAAGGCGGUCCAGGACCAGUCCCGUCUGCAGGAUGUCCACAGUGGCAUCCAGACCCUCGCCCAGGAGAACGACCCCUUCCGCUUCCUGGAGGCGUACAAGUCAUCAAGCAAAAAUUUCUGCAGGCAGUUGAAGAAGCCUCUGUUCCACCCAGAAUGCGCUUGCGUGGACUCAGACGGCCUGGCCGAGUCCAUGGAGGCUAAACAGGAAGACUUCCUCACUGAAGUACACUCUCACGUCUCUCACCUCAUCAACGAGCUCUGUCCCGUAGUCCGGGAAGAGGAGGACAGCGGAGGAGAGGAGGAGGAGGAGGAUGAAGAUGGUGACGACAGCAGUGAUGGAGAUGAGCAAGAAGAAGCUGAGGAGGAGAUGAGGAGUGAGGAAGAGGAGGCUGUACACGACCAGAGUGAGUCAGCAGACGAACUUUACAAAGAGGAGGAAGAAGAGGAGAUUCAUUCAGACUGAUGAAAUUACUUCCAUUUAAGGCUGAUUUUCAGUCAAAGUCAUGCAUUGAUGUCAGUGGGAGAAUGUGUGAAAAGGCUACUUUGGAUUUUUCCAUAAAUUACCAAAAGAACAAUUUUGGGAAACCUUUUAAAUAUUAUACAUCAAUCUUUAGAAGAUGAGCUGUUUGAGUGCAUAUGGCACCCUAUUACUUUCGACCAGGGCCCUAUAUAGGCAAUAGGGUGUCAUUUGGAACGUAGACAAUUUUUUGUUGUUGUUCAAGAUUAUACUGUAAUAACUAAACACUUGAAACUGGGCUUCUCAUUCUAACCUCAUACGUUUUUUGUUGUUGAGUAAAGCACUUUGUGCCCAACCUCUCAUUUGUAGACCUGGGUUCAAAUAGUAUUUGAUUUAUUAUUAUUUAUUAUUUUUUCAAAUACUUUUCUGCGUUUGCUUUGUAAUGUAAUAUAGUUUUGGAUCUAUUCUAUUGCUUCCAUUAAGCCAGGCAAGCUUGAUCAAGCACUGCUAGAAGUAUUUGUAAUAAUUUCACCUAGUAUUUGAACCCAGGUGCGGGCUGUAUUAUACAUCCAGGGAAAGCCACAUCUUAAGUAUUUAUUUUGAUUCUCAGGAAGACAUGUAUUAUAAGGUGUUUAUUAUUUGAUGGCACUUUGAUAAAUAAUAUUGAAAGGUAUUGCACUGAUCACUUGCAGAAAUGUAUGUCUUCAUUAACUACAAUGGGCUACCUGACUAAUUAUACACCAUUAGUGCAUUUAGUUAGCAUGGUCCCAGAUCUGUUUGUGCUGUCUUGCCAGCUCCAAUAUGAAUGACCAUCAUAGUUGACAAGACAGCAGAAAUGGAUCUGGGUCCAGGCUAGCAUUUAGGUGUUCAUGUGUAACCAGACAAAUGUGAGUGCAUAUCCUGACUUAAUUCUGUUUGAUGUGAAUUUUAUACCAAUGAAAGUUAGAUGAUAGAAGACUUGUGGAUGAGUGUGUGAAGCGUGGGUGUGUUUUUCAAAAGCUGUUUGAAAUUUAUGUAAAAGUUGGUGAGCUAUAUGUUUAUCAGUCUAUCGUUUAAUAAUUCAUUGUUCUUAUGGUAUUAUGUUUCAUCAGUUGCAUACCUGGGUUGUAUU